AUUUUUUCUUCAAUUUUGUCGCACAAUAAAUUUUUUUCCGUUUCGUCGUGGAUUUUUGGGUAAAAUGACAAAUGUCACUGCAAAGAAGAAUGGGUGGCGCAAAAAAAUAAGCCAUAAUAUGGAAUUUUAUGUGCACAAUUGAAAGCGUUAUGAUUUUUAGAAGGUGAUGAGGAAAAAUUGAAAAUGCAUAAACGGAAAAACCCUGCGUUCUUAAGGGGUUAAGUUUCUCUUCACUUCUCGCAGAUGGUUUCCGGUAACCAGCACUGGAAGGCAGAGUUCCUGACACACUGUUUCCUCUGUGUCCUCUUUCUCUUUCUCUCCUCUGCUGAACACAAUUUCAAGAUGGCUACAAGCACAUGUACAGACUCCUCCUUUGCUGUCAGUUGAUUUGCUUGUGCAGUCUGCCAUCUACUGGACACUUCGUGUAAUUGCAGGGUGAUAACACAACAGUAAUCCCAGGGGGUUACACUAUUAUCAUACUUUGCACACAGAGGUACAGGUGGGCGCCAUAUUAGGAACGUUGCCCAUAGCAACCAAUAAGAUUUUAGCUUCUAUUUUUCUGACUGUCUGCUAUCCGGUUAUUCUUCCCCUGCAGCCGGGGGAGGCCAUUCUGUGAAGAACUACACGUCCCAGCACUCCCGCCCCGAACACAGACUGCUGGGACUUGUCGUCCCCACCUAACUCCACAUGACUCGCGCAGGGGGCGGGGCUACAGGGGGCGUCACCCACGCCCUUCUGUAGAAUCAGUCGAUGCGCCUGGCCCCGCCCAGUCCCCCGGCUUCUCUACUACGGACGUGACGUCACCGCUCGGUGUAUCGUGCUCCCCGUCCGCGCCGUCUUCCUGUCAGUACGAGCCGGUGUAGCCGCCGCCAUGUCCCGGUGCUGGGAGUACGUCACCCCGGAGCAGCUCAGCGGCUUCGACCGCUACAAGUACAGCGCGGUGGACACCAACCCCCUGUCCCUCUAUGUGAUGCACCCCUUCUGGAACUCCAUAGUAAACUUUUUUCCCAGGUGGUUGGCGCCAAAUCUGAUAACGUUUAGCGGUUUCCUGCUGCUCGUCUUCAACUUCUUCAUGAUGGCGUACUUCGACCCAGACUUCUAUGCAUCAGCUCCGGGUCAUGAACACGUCCCCAGCUGGGUGUGGAUAGUCGCCGGUCUGUUGAACUUCACGGCCUAUACCCUCGAUGGAAUAGACGGCAAACAGGCCCGCAGGACGAACUCCAGCACUCCGCUGGGGGAGCUGUUUGACCACGGCCUGGACAGCUGGGCCUGUAUAUACUUCGUGGUGACUGUAUACUCCAUCUUCGGCCGCGGGGAGACGGGGGUCAGCGUCAUGGUCCUCUACCUCCUCCUCUGGGUGGUCCUCUUCUCCUUCAUCCUCUCCCACUGGGAGAAAUAUAACACUGGAAUCCUCUUCCUGCCCUGGGGGUACGACCUGAGUCAGGUGACCAUCUCCUGUGUGUACCUGGUGACGGCCGUGGUUGGGGUUGAGGCCUGGUACAAGCCGGUCAUCUACAACAUCCUGUACAGAGAUGUCUUCAGCACAGUCAUUGCCGGUUGUGCGGUGACGGUGACCCUUCCUAUGAGUCUAUACAAUGUUUACAAGGCCUAUCGUAACAACACCCUGAAGCACACGUCGUUCUACGAGUCUGUGCUGCCGCUGAUCUCCCCCGUGCUGCUCUUCAUCUUGUCCACGCUGUGGAUCUUCGCCUCGCCCUCCCAGAUCCUGGAGACUCAUCCCCGGCUCUUCUACUUCAUGGUGGGAACCACCUUUGCUAACAUUACAUGCCAGCUGAUCGUGUGUCAGAUGACUAACACCCGGUGCCAACCCCUCAGCUGGCUGCUCAUCCCACUGGCGCUGGUGGUGGUCAUCGUGCUCUCUGGGUUUGCUCAAGAUAUGGAGGCUCUUCUGCUCCUCUUGUUGACGGCUCUCGUGACCUUUGCACAUUUACACUAUGGAGUAGCAGUGGUGAAGCAGUUGAGUAAACACUUCAACAUUUGCACGUUCUCCCUGAAGAAGCCGAGCACCGACUGACUAGAGGAGGAAGAGAUCGCCCUGAAGUCUGCGGAAGUUCUGUAAAAAAAAUCCUCAGCAACUUCUGCCACCUCCAUCACCACCUAGGAAAAGCCUCAGCUGCUGCUGCACCACGUGGCGGAUCUAGAGGGGGGGGGGGGAACCUGCCAGACUCUACUGUACAUAACAAUAAUAGACCGACUGAAUGUCCCCCCCCCCCCUGGACCCACCCCCCUCCCCAUCGUUCUUUCUAUCUUUUUAACCCCUUGCUGCUCAGCACAUGAACCGUUCUUGGAGUCGCGCUGGAACAUUCUUUCCGGAUGACCUGCCGGGUACGGCCGGGGUGCGUCUUUGUAGACACUGGAGCACAAGUUCCCGAUAUAGCGGUGCUGACCAGAACCAUACGAAUUAUUCUAAUUUUUUUUUUUUCUUUCAUUUCUUUCAGUUGUCAUGUGACAUUACCUCAUCCAAUAGCUGCGUAGCGUCUUCUGUCUCCCCCCUGUUAAAAUGCUUUUAGUGUCUCCUCCACUUACGGCAUUUUCUAUAAUUUUCCCCUCCAAUAUUCACCGUAUAGGGUGUCCACGUAAGUAAAAGCUUUGUAUAAUGCAGUG